AUGCCAGACGCGUUGGCGGCGCGACGAUGGAGUCUCAUUUUGCUGCUCCCCCUGCUGGCCAUUUGCCAGACGUACGAAAAGGAUUACUCGCCGCUGCUUGACCAAAAUGUCUCCCCCAACAACCCUGGCAUGGUGCUGCGGUUGAUGCCGACGGGACUGGCCUAUCUACGCGAGAUCGGCAUUAAGGUGGUGAACGAGCAAAUUCUGAAGCUGCCAUUGCCAACGAUCCGCGAGCGGAUAGAGAACGGCGAGGUGUCAAUCUACGGGGCGCAUAUCUCCAAAUAUUGGGCGCCCCAGGAGUACUCGCUCGACCUGGUGGAGCCGAACAUGUUCACGUGGAGCAUGUCAAAGAUGCAUAUCAGAGCCGCCGGGGAUUUCGAGGCUCGUCUCAACAGCCCGCUCCUCAUCCCCUCCGUCCCGAUCACCGGCCAUUUUGAGGCGCUGCUCGGCCACGUCGCCCUCACCGUGUCGGUGCGAUUAACCAGAACAGCACUCGGCGUACCCCAAGUCUCUUCCGCCCAAUGCCGAGCCCUGAUCGGCUACGUCGACUUGAACGUGCGCGACACGGGCAUCCUGACCGACUUCUUCAUCAAUGCCUUCAAGGCCUUCCUGAUCAGCAACUUCAAGCCGAUGGUCGAGGACCGGAUGUGCCGGAUGAUUCAGAAGAUUAUCGACCACGACAUGAACGCGUUGCUGACCACAAUGCCGACAAAGAUCUCGAUCCACGAAGAAAACGUGGACGUCGUCAGCGAGACGUUCAAGUUGAAGCCGCCGAAGAGCAAGCUGGGCAAGCUGGGCUUUAAAAACGCGACGCUGCUGAACUUUGUACAAAAUCUGCGCGAUCGUGACCUCGUGCUAGACUAUCGGCUGACCGCCGAACCGUUUGUCAAUGACGGCGCAAUCGCCAUGAUGGCCAAAGGCGAGAUUUCGUGGCGAGGCCUGGGCGGGACCCCGUUUUUCGCGCCGUCGAUCCGGGUGCCUGCCUCGCGCUCGGUGCACAUGGUUGAAUUCGUGGCCACCGACUACAUUGCCAACUCGCUGCUUUACCACGCGUAUCGCCAAAAAUUUAUGGAUAUCGUUGUUGGCCCCGAAUCCUCGCCUUCCCUGAAAGAGCUGUUGCACACCACCUGCGAAGCCGGCGUGUGCAUCGGCGAGUUUCUCGGCGGUCUCGGCGAGCAGUUCCCGCACCGUGAAGUCGAAAUCUUGUUCACGGCACGGAAGUCGCCGCUGAUCGUAUUCGUCGAAAGCCGGGCCCGCUUCCGCCUCCACGGCAACAUCAACAUGUUCGUCAGGGCCGGGAAGAACGCCACACAGCCCAAGCAAUCGGUGCUCCGCGCGGACACGACGAUGACCUCAAAUGUGUUGCUGUGGAUCGCCCACGGCAAGGUGGUCGGCAAUGCGACAAUCGAGAACCUCGACUUCAAAUUGCUGGAAUCAAAGAUCAACGACGUCGACCAGGGCGUAUUCGCCGACCUCGGGCUGUUUGGGGCCGAAUUCCUCGAGCAGCUGCUCACCGAGAUCCUCGCCAUCGGCAUCAAGUUGCCCACGAUGGAUGGUAUUCUCAUCAAAAGCCCGCGACUUUCCUUCCACGAGCGAUACAUGAAAGUGGAGACGUACUUUAAGCUGGAUGAAGCAUACGCUGGAGAGGUGGUCAACGGCGCCGUGCGACAAACGCUUCAGAACGUCGGA